GUUAACUCAAAGAAAAGGGAACGUGGCCGUCAUGCCCUCGUAAGUAGUACGUCACAAGAAAAAGCGGAUCGUUCUCAGUAUUGGUCGAUUUUAUUUUGAUAUAAAAUUGUUUUUCAAGAAAGAAGAAGAACCAACAACAUGAUAAAAAACUUGCGACCACUGCACCAGCGGCCUCUGUACCGCGUCUUCGCGAUUACAGUUUUCUCGGCGUUUUCGUCGUUGACUGAUCAGAGUCUGGUGUUGUCGAAAAUGGCAGCAUCUUCCAGCGCCGCAUGCCCUGGUUUUCCGUGCGUUGUCUUUAAGGGCCGACGCAACGCGCCGCACAGCGAUAGCUACGAGGUGGAUUUUUUCGACCAUGAGAAAGUGCAACGCACAUGGAAGAAUGGGCAUGGGGCACCGCACGUGCGCACACCGCAGAAAAUCAAGAGCGGGACCGCAAGGAAAUGCGAGGCCGUUCCUAAUGGCUUCGAUAAUGUGCAGAGCAUGCGAUUCGCGUCGAAAAACCGCGAAAUGGCGUCGUCAAAAAAGAAGCUGUACAUGUGGGCUGUAAAUGGAUGUUCGUCGCCUCAAGACACGAAGGACACGACCAGCUGCCACAUCACCAUACCGCUGGAGUACGCACCAGAAGCCUAUCGGGAUUUGAUCGAAACGAUGGCAGAAAGGAAGGAGAAGAGGCAAAAAGGAAAGGAGAAGGAUGGAAGCGAAGACACAAUCGACGACGAAGAGAAGAACAGCGACAUAGACCUGUAAUCGAAUGAUGAAAAAAAGAAGACAGAUCGAUUGCGGUCGGCGCAUAAGAGAAAGUUGAGAUUUUUUAAUUGUUGUAUAUUUGAAAGAAACCAGGACAAGCACUAACACGAUUGUGUGUGUGCAGAAACAGAAUCAAGUUCUCGUUGUCCGAUCCCGAAGCAUGCAUGGGUAUGAACAGCCACAACGAAGACAUGAAGAUGAUGAAAAAUGUUGAAAAAAAUGAAGACGUUCACCACGACCACUCGUAGAAGAAAGCACUUAAGCAAAUAGACGAAUAUCCUGACAUAAAUCGAGUUUCUCGUUGGAUGGGACGGCAACGGUUGAGAUGAAAAUCUUCGAAUCACAAGUAUCCAACAGCACUUUUCCGCUCUGUACGAUUCCAUUCAGAACUGCUCUGCCCAUGUCGCGCAAUACUAUUUCUCGUAAAGGAAGCUGACGGCUCGUAAA